AUGAUCAGUAGGCUGCUACCAGCUGCAGUUGUGGUCAUUGGUCUGCCACUAAUUUACAAUGACAACCCAACAGCACAUAAUAUUUUUAAGUUUUAUUCAGCAUGUUUUACCAUAAGUGUCCUCUCGGAAGCACACACUGAUUCACGUUUUCUUGCUCAGGAGAGAAACGUGGAGGCUGUGAGGGGAGCGAAGGACGAGAGGGUAAGGGAGAUCCGGAACGCGGUGGAAAUGAUGAUUGCUCGUCUGGACAACCAGCUGAAGAACAAACUCAUCACUCUCAUGGGCCAGAAGACGUCUUUGACCCAGGAGACGGAGCUGCUGGAAUCUCUGCUGCAGGAGGUGGAGCAUCAGCUUCACUCGUGCAGUAAGAGUGAGCUGAUCUCUAAGAGCCCAGAGAUCCUGCUCAUGUUCCAGCAGGUCCACCGUAAACCCAUGCAGUCGUUCGUCACCACGCCGGUCCCACCGGACUUCACUAGUGAGCUGGUUCCUGCUUAUGAUUCCAGCACUUUUGUACUCAUCAACUUCAGCACUCUGAGGCAGCGGGCUGACCCUGUCUACAGUCCUCCUCUGCAGAUAUCUGGCCUUUGCUGGAGGCUUAAAGUUUACCCAGAUGGUAACGGCGUCGUCCGUGGAAACUAUCUGUCUGUGUUCCUCGAGCUGUCUGCUGGACUUCCUGAAACCUCAAAGUCAAUUACUUAUUUUUUGCUGUUGUGCAGCUACCAGGUUCGCUCACCUACAUUUUUCCAGAAGUGCAGAGAUCAGUACUGGUACAUCAGCCAGUUGGAGUCGGCUCAGAGCGGCUACAUACAACAGAUCAACAACCUCAAAGAGAGGCUGGCCAUUGAGUUGUUUCGCCGUCAGACAUCCCGCAGCUCCUCGCCCCCUGACCUGAGACUGACUGCAGGCACUGCAACGUCUGAGAGAGAUCCUGGCUCAGUUAAGAGUGAUGACGACGCCCAGACCACUCUGAGCAACUCUAAGAAAGGAGAAGAGGAGGAGAGAACGCAGCAUGACGACUCAAAUGAACUGUCUGACGGAGACCUGGAGGUGGAUUGUCUCACUGAGGAGGAGGUGAACCCGCUGGAUGGCAGCAGCACCUCAGGAAGCUCCACAGCCACCAGCAACACUGAGGAGAACGACAUAGACGAGGAGACCAUGUCAGGGGAAAAUGAUGUAGACUUCAUGGGAAACCUGGAGACAGAAGAAGGAGAGCUUUCUGAAGACCUGGCUGGAGCCACAGGUGGAUUCAGUUCCAGCAUGCUCUCAUCGCAUCGAGGCGCGACUGCAGGUCGUAGUAGCGGCGGGGCCGCAGCUUCUGCUGCUCCCGUUGGGGGUGCUGUUGGGCCAGGCAGCAGCAGCCUUCUGGAAAUCGAUCCAGUCAUCCUGAUCCAACUGCUGGACCUGAAGGAGCGCAGCAGCGUGGAAUCUCUGUGGGGCCUCCAGCCUCGACCUCCAGUGUCUCUGCUCCACAGCCAAGCCCACGCUCACUCCAGAAAAGAGCGGGAGCGGCGACCGCAGGUGGUGCGGCGAUCAGCUCCGGACUCAGGAGUCUUGAUCCGCCUCAAGGCGCAGAUGGCGGAGGUCCGCAGCAAGAUGGCCGACGUCAAGAGUCAAGUUCUGGAAACGCGUGAGUCUGGGGAGCCCAGACCCGGCCCAUCUGGUGGCUUCGGCAUGGAGGAGGCUUUGGCUCAUUCUGCCAGUCCAGAGCUGCCAGCUUGCCACAAGGGCGACGCUCUGGAGCAGGUGGGGCAAGCAGCUGCGACCCGGUCCAAGGCCUGCCGACCCACCAGGAAGUCUCUGUCUCCCGUUCUGGACAGCAGCGGAGAGUCUCUGCUUGUGAAAAGGAGGAGUUCCGAAGACUUGAAGGACGACCUCAGAGGAGCAGAGUCCGCUGCAGAGCUCAGCCUGCAUCCUACAGAUGGGACAGGAGCUGGAGAGGGUUAGUCCAGCUUUUUCAAGUUCUUUUCAAACCCAAUAAAGUUUAUUGGAUAAUUAGAAUUAGGGGCAGCAGAGAAAAGCUGCAACUGUACUUCAUUCUUACAACAGCAGCCAGUGCAGUGAGAGUUUAAACAUUUCUUAAGUCAGAUAAACUGCUGUUUAGCUUUAAAUUAUUCUCCACAAUGUUCUGAGGCAUUAUGGAGAACAUCUUGUUUUUAAAGCCUGGUUCUAUGUGACUUAUUGUUCUACUUGGCUUAUAAGUAUUUCUUCAGUGUAGCUCCAAAACCAUCCACUCUGUUCUCUGUGCUGUUGGAGUAUGGCUGAAAAUAGUUGCUGAUUCUUGAGUGGCUCAACUGUUUUAAACUUCCGUUGUUUUGGCACAAUGCAGUGCUCGUCUCUUAACAUUCUUACUUUCUGCACAGCAUUGUAUGUACAUAUUUUUUCUUUUACAAACAUUGAUUUUUAUUGGUUUCUAUAGAGCCCUCUAGGGGACAUGGGGAAAAAUUUAGCUUUUGUGUUCCCUCACAAUAUGCUUACUGCAAUAUUUGCUGGUCUGUUUUGUAUACAGUCACAAAUGUCAAUUUAAAAUUUCAAAUGUAUGCACAUUUAAAGAACCUCAGUGUUUAUUCUUAACUCUUUGGUGCAAAAAACUGAUUGAAAAUUGAUUGAGUCCGUUUGAGUAAGGUUGCAAUGGAACUGCACAUGAAAACAUCCCUUUAAACCACUGAGACUACCAAUACAAAAGAGACAAUCAAAACUGUCAGAAGACUCAUUACCCCACGAUAAUAACCCAGAAAUAGUCCAAAAAGUUUAGAUGUAUUUUUUCUUCUUUCCUACAUACGGAAAUCUUCUGUUUAUAUC